GGCCUCCAACGAAAGCAACCAAAGUACGAAACAUAACUCCAGAUUCCAGAAGGCUGCUGAAGGAUCGAAACCAGAAGGGUUAGGCAGAUUUCAUUCUUGAUCUCUUUUUCUGUGCUUCUUCAUCUAAUCUUCCUAUCUUCUCUCAUCGUCGAGCUAGGUUUACAACACUAACAACAAUGGUGGAAUGCGAACUCCAAGGCAAGUGCUACAGAAGACAACUGUUUCUACAUCCCAAGGUUGUCAACGGCCAGAAGAGAGCUAUGAUGACGAGUAUGAUGAUGGUGUCUAUUACUUGUGCAACCCUUAUACGAAGCAAUGGGUCCAACUGCCCCCUGCCCCAUCCAAGGGCCAAGCUGUACUCGGGAUGAUAUGCGACCAUCCCAUUGUUUGUAAUGAUGAUGAUGAUGUGCCUAAGGGGUUAGGUGGGGUAGGGCUAAAACCGCGGCACUUUGGUUCUGAAGCUUUAUUUAGGGACCAACUAGCCCACCACAGAUUCCGGGUGGUCCGUGUUCCUCUCCCGGUCUUUGCCAAUGAUGAUGGGGAGGGUGGAUUUCAGGUGGAUAUGUUAUCAUGUGGUGGUGGUGAUUCAGGGGGGUGGGAGUGGACUGUGCUCGGGGUGUUGCCGCCUCCGCGGCCGCGGCCAUUCAUUUGGAAGGAACACAGGAUUUGGGUCCGCAGGCACGGCGUUGCCUGCAACGGUCUGCUACAUUGGUUGCUUGGUAGCAGUGGGCAACUCCUCCUAGCCUAUGAUCCAUACACAAAUGUGGUGAGAGCCACAGUGGAGACGCCGCAGGAAGCGGCGCCAAUCUUUCCUCUGAAGCUCUUGGGGGCAUCAUGUGGGUCUAUAUGGGCAACCCAAUACGUGCCGCAUUUCUACCCUUCAUACGACUGGUUCAUUUGGCAACUCAGUCCGGAUUAUGAUGGCUGGAUCCUGAGGCGCCGUUUCAAAGAGGUUUUUGUGAGAGGCUUCUUCGAGAUGAGAUCGAGAUCGAUGGCGUUGCUGGAUUUGUUGGCCAUCCACCCCAACAAUCCCAACACUCUCUACGUUCUGUGGAGCAAGCAUACGCCCGGCCAAGGCUUUGAGAACGCAGUUGGGCGCCUGGAUUUAGCCGCUAUGGAGUCGAAGCUGCUGGUUGGGAGAAGCAAUAAGACUAGCUCUCUUUACUCGUGGCGCCAAACUUGUGUGCUCCCACCCCCGCCUUCUUAAUUAAUUCUCUUCCUACCAGAUGACCCAACCU